AACCCGAGACUGAACCAAGAACUACAUUGAGGAUAUAUAGCGAUCACUUUUCCAGAGCGACUUUUAUCUACUCUGAUUUUUAGUUGGGAUAUUAAGCUUUCCAAGAUGAAGUUUGUUAGAUUUAUGAUGAGGAACGCGGCGAUGCUAAAUGCGCCAAAGCACAUUGAUUAUUACGCCAAGUUUUCUCCAUCGCCUUUGUCCAUGAAGCAGUUUCUGGAUUUUGGAACUACAAAUGCAUGCGAGAAAACAUCCUUCGCUUUCCUCAGACAGGAGCUCCCAGUGAGAAUGAGCAACAGUUUGAAGGAGAUCAGCCUUUUACCAGACCAACUAAUAGAGACUCAGUCUGUGCAGCUGGUGCACAGCUGGUUUGUCCAAAGUCUGAUGGACAUCCUGGAAUUCCAAGACAAGUGUCCUGAUGAUCCCAGAGUUCUCGCAGAAUUUGUGGAAACUCUGGUGACCAUUAGGAACAGGCACAAUGACGUGGUGCCAACCAUGGCUCAGGGCGUCAUCGAGUAUAGAGACACGUUCGGGGCAGAUCCUGUGACAAGUCAGAACAUUCAGUACUUUCUGGACCGCUUUUACAUGAGCCGUGUUUCCAUUCGCAUGCUCAUCAACCAGCACACUCUGAUCUUUGAUGGCUCCACAAAUCCAGGACAUCCCAGCAGCAUCGGGUGCAUUGACUCCUGCUGCGACGUCACAGACGUAAUCAGAGAUGCCUAUGAGAGCGCUAAAAUGCUCUGUGAACAGAAUUACCUCGGAUCACCUGAGCUGGAGUUGAGAGAGAUAAACGCAAAGAACAAAUCAAAGCCAAUUGAGAUCUCCUAUGUUCCAUCUCAUCUCUACCACAUGGUUUUUGAGCUUUUCAAGAACGCAAUGAGGGCUACUAUUGAGAAUCACGAAACAAGCAGCACACUGCCACCAAUCAAAGUCAUGGUAGCUCUAGGAGGAGAAGAUCUGUCAAUCAAGAUCAGUGAUAGAGGCGGUGGAGUUCCCUUCAGGAAGAUCGAGAGACUUUUUAGCUACAUGUAUUCAACAGCACCCAGACCUACUAUUGGUGACCAUCAACGGACCCCAAUGGCUGGCUUUGGUUAUGGUCUUCCCAUCUCCCGUCUGUACGCGCGCUACUUUCAAGGUGAUCUCCAGCUUUAUCCGAUGGAGGGUUAUGGCACGGAUGCAGUGAUUCAGCUAAAGGCUCUGUCCACAGACUCAGUGGAGAAGCUUCCGGUGUUUAAUAAGACCGCCUUGCGAAAUUACAAAGUCAACCAGGAAGCCGAUGACUGGUGCGUCCCGAGCAAAGAGCCGCUGAAUGUAGCAGCAUACAAGGCUGCAAAGUGAACCACAGGAGUCGCUUGCCUUUGACAAAGGCCUUGAGGAGUUCGUCCGCCAUUGUGAAUGCUUGCAUUCCCUCAUGAACUUGGGGACCAGUGAUGGGAUUUCCCAAUACUCUUUGAGUACUGUUGUCCGGGAGCACUCGAAAUGCAUGAGGCCAGUAUUUAAGAUGCAAAACCGUAGAUUCCUUAGUGUAAACUACUCACUGUGGUGCUGCUGAAGUGGAUGUUUAUCAGCAAAAGCUCAGGCGCAUGUUUAGACCUGAAGAGAUGAAAGAUGGGUAGAUGCAUGUGAACGUAAUGGAAGAAGAGUUAAGUCACAGAAAGCGGGGGGAGAGAAUGGUAUGAGCUGGAAACGAGUAAAUUACCAAAGGCAGGAGAAAUGCUAAUGCUAUCUCACGCCAAUUUGUAACUUAUUGAAUUAGUGGCUAAUUCGUAUGAUGUUGUUCGUACAAUUUAGUAUGAUUUUCUCAUCCCCCAAUAAUGUUUGGGUUAGGGGCGGGGUUUGGUGCCACGCCUCUUUUUAAAAAUCGUACAUUUUCUUAUGCCUGAACUCGUACGAAUUAGCCAAUAAACCAACAAAAAGUAAAAUAGUUAUGUUUCCUUGUGAGAUCAGGCUGGAAAUGCAGGUGAAGUGUGAAAAAAACAAACAAACCCUGAUGAAUCGUCGAGUGUCAACUCAAAAAAAAGGGAGGCUAUGGCCAAAGAUGUUUUUUUUUUCCUCUUUAAAGAGGCUGGAUGUUUUGAAAUCAUACUUGAUCUGUGAUUAAUACUUGAUAUUUAAGCACACAUGUAAGCAUUUAUUAAUAACAUUGUGCUGUUGUGUUUUAUUUACAUUAUAAAUGACCACACAAUGUACAGUAUAUUCUAAUGGCUGUUCACUUUGUUUUAAAGGACCCUUGUUGUUUUUGAUGUAACUUAAAUAAAUCGUAUUUCUCACCAA